AUGGCAGACGCUGCGGCUGACCCACGACGCAGCAGGAUCUCGUCUUCUGUCGCCAAACUGGCGGUGUCUCUCUCGCAAGUCGAGAGUCCGAAGCGGAAACUCGUGAACAUGGGCAUGAAGAUCUGCGACUUGGUUGUCGAGGCAAAACUGUUUUCCCAGAUUCUCGAGGCGGGGCCGCCGUUGCUGCUGGUCGGUGUCUUCACGACAAUCAUCGUCGCGAAUGCUCUGGCGUGCAUUUGUAUGGUGUAUUCCCCUUCCGAGAGGACGGGACUGGGUGAAAUACUUCUUGAUCUGUUUUUGACCACGACAAAUUGGCUAUCAACGUCGAAGUGUUCCCUCCCGGGUGGUUUGAGACGUCCGCCAGCGAAUCCAACGCUCGGAAAACCUUCGGUCGAGUCUGUACCCGAAGAAACACCGAGUUACUACUGCAUCGGUGGUUAUAUUAACGGCGGCACUGAUCGUCUUCGUCGAAGAAAGUGUCCGCACAUCGAACCUGGCGUGUGGGCCUCAUCCCGAAUGCGUUGUGAAGGCUCACAGGUGGACACUGGUAGAGGACGGAUCACUGACCCAGUGUCCGUGCCUGACGUUCAUCGAUGCGGAUAUCGCGCCCAAGACCUAUGCGGAGUGGAUGCAUCCGCGAGAUAUGACCGACAGAGUGGCGCAACUAGCGGCAACGGGAGAUCUAGAGACCAUUCAACUGAUCAAUCGUUAUCUUCCGAAUUUCCCUCAAGAACUAAGGCGGUGUACCAAGAUGACGCAUUUGUCUUUAAUCUACACGCACACCCCGGCGUUGCCAACAUGGACGAGCACGCGGAGGGCACAGCUUUUUCGUCGCUCGUAACGUUGCCAGACGGUAUGCUCGACCGAAUGAACUCGCUCGCUUUUCUCCACCUGGGGAUCCACCCGCCUCUCCAGACGCUGCCGUCCUUUGACGGCCUCUCGAGUCUCAAGUCGCUCGCUUUGGCUUUACUAUUCUCCCUCCGUCGUUCGACAAUUUGCAAAGUGUCGAGCCCUCCCCGACCUCACAAACUUGAAGAAGCUACGAGUGUUCCAAGUCGGCGAUCGAGCGUCUUGGUGCUGCAACGGGUUUCUAGGCGAGUGCGACCUGCACAGUCCGCACUGUAUGGUUCAUCCGCUCUGGGGGACGCCUGCGGCCUCGUGUCUCGCUGCAAUCCGAACCGACGAUCUCCCUACGCAAGGAACUCUUCAAGUGCUCGAACGAUUUUCAAUAAUAUUUGCGGAGAGCUCAUACUGCCAGGCACGACGGAUGGCCCACCGACCGAGACAGGCAUGGACCAAUGCAACGGCACAAUGUACCGCCAGUGCACUGUGCCAGGCUACCACGAGGCGAUGUGCUACAAUUCUCGGUUCAUGGCGAUUUCGUGCGGGCAAGCCCUUUUCCUAUCAAGAUGCGACGACUGCAGAUCGAGCGUGGGGUCGGCGAUCCUUGUGAUCCUGUGCAUGAAGCCUGGCUCGGUUGUAAGCCAGUUAGUGUCCUACAAAGUUAGGCCGGGGAGAUAA